UUUAAUUUUUCAUUUAUUUAAUUUUUCAUUUAUUUAAUUUUUCAUUUACAAGUUUCUUCAUUAACUAUGUCUGAUGUUAAGAAGGAUACUAUAGUAUCUGCUUCUGAUAAUGUUAAUGAUCAAGAUUCGUUUAAUUAUGAACAGAAUACCUCGAGCUCUUCCCGUUCGGAGUCUGGGGAAAAGUCGAUAUGGACCAAGAUUAACUCGGUUCUUAGAAUAGAUGAGCCAAGUGACUUGACUAAGACCCAAAUGUUCUUGUAUAAUUAUGACUUGAAACCAGUGGAGUAUGCUAGAAGACAGUGGAAUUGGUAUAAUUAUGUUUUCUUUUGGAUUGCUGAUUCUUUCAAUAUUAAUACUUUUCAAAUUGCUGCCACCGGGGUUGCAGCUGGUAUGACCUGGUGGCAGACUUGGUUAAGUGUUUGGUUAGGUUAUUUACUAUGUGGGGUCUUUGUCAGUAUUGGUUCGAGAGUUGGGAUCAUGUACCAUAUUAGUUUCCCGGUUGCAGUUCGUAGUUCCUUUGGUUUAUUUGGUGCUUUAUGGCCAAUUAUUAAUCGUGUGGUGAUGUCUUGUGUUUGGUAUGCGGUUCAAUGUGCGGUUGCUGGUCCUACUUUUGAAUUAAUGUUAAGAAGUAUCUUUGGUAAUAACUUGGAAGAAAAAAUUCCAAAUCAUAUUAGUGAUCCUGACUUGACUACUUUUAAAUUUUUAUCAUUUUUCUUAUUCUGGUUGUUUGCUUUACCUUUCCUUUGGUUUCCUCCUCAUAAAAUAAGACAUUUAUUUACCGUCAAGGCUUAUAUUGCUCCUCCUGCUGGUAUUCUUUUCUUAAUUUGGACUUUGGUUAAAUGUAAUGGUGUGGGUCCUAUCAUUCACCAAAAACUGUCUUUACAUGGCUCAGACUUUGCUUGGGCUUUUGUCGAAUCUACCAUGAAUGCCUUGGCUAACUUUGCUACCUUAAUCGUAAAUGCUCCAGAUUUUUCUCGUUUUGCAAGAACUCCUUCAUUCUCAAUGAAAUAUAUCGUUUAUACUGUCACCAUUCCUUUGUGUUUUUCAAUCACUGCGUUGAUUGGUAUUUUGAUCAGUUCUGCUUCUACCGUCUUAUACGGUACUACUUACUGGUCUCCUCUUGAUGUUUUAUCAGAGUUCUUAAACCAUGAUUAUUCUUCAAAAUCAAGAGCUGGUGUCUUUUUCAUUAGUGCAGCUUUUGCCUUGGCCCAAUUAGGUACUAAUAUCUCUGCUAAUUCCUUAUCUUUUGGUACCGAUUUGACUUCCAUACUACCUUCGUAUUUUAAUAUUCGUCGUGGUAGUUAUAUUUGUGCUUUAUUGGCUUUAGCAGUUUGUCCUUGGAAACUUAAUUCUUCCUCUUCAAAAUUCACUACUUACUUAUCUGCAUAUUCGGUUUUCCUUUCUUCAAUUGCUGGUGUGGUUGCUUGUGAUUACUUCUAUAUUCGUCGUGGUUAUUUGAAAUUAACCCAUCUUUUUUCAACUUUUGCUCCAGAAAAUCCUUCAAUGCCUUCUUUCUAUUACUACUGCAAAAUUGGUUGCAACUGGAGAGCUUACAUUGCCUAUAUCUGUGGUAUUUUGCCAAACAUUGUUGGUUUUGUUGGUGCCACCGGUACUCAUAAAGUUCCCCUUGGCGCCACCCAAGUUUACCACUUGAAUUAUUUCAUGGGUUUCUGUAGUGCUUUCUUGGUUUAUGCUUUUGUAUGUUACUUUAGUCCAGUUCCCGGUACUCCUGGUGUUGGCUUCUUCGAAAAAGGUUGGUUUGAAGAAGCUGCUGAUGUGGAAUUCUUUGAAGAAGAAUUACAAGGCCACGUCCUUCACGAAGGUUUAGAAGAAGAUACAGCCUACACUACGGCUAGAAACGAUUCUACUAAAGAUUAUAAAGGUGAUAUUUCGGUUUAGAGAUUUUAAAAAUUUUAAUUCUUUCAAUUCUUGUCUUAAUUUAGUGCAUUUUUUUUUUUAAUAAAAAGUAAAAAUUUGGG